GGGCGGGGUGCGGGGCGGUUAAUGGCCGCUACAAGCAGCGCCGCCGUCGCUGGGGGAACGCGGAAGUCGGGUGCCGGUGUCCCGGCACAACGGCGGAAGGAAGUCCACGGCAAGGGUGAUCUUCAUAGAAACUACUAAAGACUUCAAAGAAUUAAUUUUAGGCAAAAUAAGUGAAAUAAGUUGUUCUGAUAAAGUAAAAUGGAUCCUUGUUCGGUUGGAGUUCAGCUUCAAGCUACCAAUGAAUGCCAUAAGACCUAUUAUACCCGUCACACUGGCUUCAAGACUAAGCAAGAUAUAUCUUCAUCUGAUCUACUGUUACUUCAGCUUAGGACUGGAAUAACCCUUUCAGAGAACAAUACAAUCUGCUUCCACCAUGCAAAAAUUUACAUUGAAAGAUUUGAAGACUUACAAAAAUCAUGUUGUGAUCCCUUUAAUAUACACAGAAAACUAUCAAAGAAAAACUUACGAGCAAUUGACUUAGAUGAUGCAACUUUUCUAAGUGCCAAGUUUGGACGACAGUUUGUACCUGGUUGGAAGCUUUGUCCCAAAUGUAUGCAGAUAAUAAACGGAAGCGUGGAUGUUGAAUCCGAAGAUCGCCAAAGAAGAAAACUUGAUUCAGACGGGCGUACAGCUAAGGCUUUAAAGUCUCUACAGUUUGCUAAUCCAGGACGACAGACUGAAUUCACUCCUGAAACCAGUAAGAGGGAAAAAAGAAGGCUGCAAACAAAAAAUGCAUCAUUUAAUUCAGACAGCUACACAUUACAAAAGAAAAGUAAAUUAAGGGAGCAUUUCACAUCAUCUGAAAGGCAAGUUAUACCAGCCAAGAGUAAAGUCUAUGAUAGCCAGGGACUACUACUUUACAGUGGGAUGGACCUCUGUGAUUGUCUUGAUGAAGAUUGCCUGGGAUGUUUCUACGCUUGCCCCAAGUGUGGCUCCAACAAGUGUGGAGCUGAAUGUCGCUGUGACCGCAAGUGGCUAUAUGAGCAAAUUGAGAUAGAAGGAGGAGAAAUAAUUAGAAAUAAGCAUGUUGGUUAGUGUAUAUGCACGUUAUUUAUCCCAAGUAUAUAUUCCAUGCUUUGAUUAAACACAGCACAUUCAUUAUGUAGUGGUUUAAUGAAAGCCAUUGGAAUUUAUCACAAUCCACAUGAUUAAUGUGCUCACUUUCACAUUCAUUUUCAGUAUGAUUAUGGAGAUAAUCGUACUACUGUCUUUUCACACUUCAGUCUACCUUGUACUCAGUCUUACGAGUCAUCCAAGUAAGUUCUCAUUGAACAGUCUUUCACUGUAUUUAAGUAUAAGGUGUUGAAUUGUCAUGUGAUAUAUCCUGGAGCUACUCACUAUUGUCAUUUACUGUUUUGUAGAGUGUACCAUCUCCAUGUAUCCCCAUUUUUCCUUCUCUAGUUCAGGAUCUCAAGGUUUUGAAUCUGUUUUAUGUGAAACACACUGAAAGUUCUCAGUGAAUUUACAUGCAGUAUUAAUAAAGCUCUCUCCAGUAUUAAUAGUGAAUGCUAUAUCUUCUAUAGAUGAUCCCAGCUACAUCUGAAAUUCAAUCCUGUUCACUUAAAUGGAUUCAAAGUCAUGUAGGAGUUCAGAUCCCAUCCAAGUUACUGGGAUUUGAGAUCAAGUUAUCCUUAAGAAUUCCAGCCUCACUGUUAAAGUGUUACUAAACUGUCAAGGCAUUGAAAAAUAUAUUAAAGUAUUUCAUUAUGGUACUGUUUUGUUGGUUUCUAUAUAACACAAUUGAAAUAAUUUCACUCAGUCUGUAUUUGUUCUCAGUCUGUAACUGGACUGGAACUUCAACAGCCCUUUCCCCUUUUUUCUUUUUGCUUGUUUUUAAGGUAAAGGUUUACAUGCAGCUGAAAUGAAUUUGAGUGUCUGUUCCCGAACUAAGAAUAUCCAGACUGCUACAAAAA